AUGGCUUAUAAGAGAAACCCCAUGAGAAGCGAGCGCAUUUGCUCCUUGGGAAGGAAGCUUCGUUCGUUGCCCGUCAAUUUCGCGGACACUUUCGCGGAUCAGUGGUUCGAACGUACCCUCGACGACUCUGCCAUCAGGAGAAUUGAUAUCCCAGAGAUGUUCCUCCUUGCCGAUGCCAUCCUUCUGGGACUGGACAACGUGACCUCUGGCUUGGUCGUCUACCCUAAGCGUAUCCACGCCCGCGUGAUGGACGAGCUUCCGUUCAUGGCGACCGAGAACAUUAUCAUGAAGCUGGUGGCUAAGGGCGGCUCUCGCCAGGACGCACACGAGGAGAUCCGUGUUCUGUCCCACCAGGCCAGCGACGUCGUCAAGAAGGAGGGAGGCGCCAACGACCUGAUCGAGCGUAUCCGGGCGACCCCGUACUUUGCGCCUGUCCACGCAGAGCUGGACAACAUUCUGGACCCCGCUCUGUACACCGGACGCUCCGGAACUAUCGUCGAGCGUUACGUUGGCCCGGGUGGUCCCAUCCAGAAGGCUCUUGCCCCCUACGCCGACUACAUCAACAAGUCUGGCACCGCGCAGCUCAGCGUUUAA